UGGGAAUAGGAACAGAACUUCCGCUCUUGUUUCUAGGGGAACGUUUUCCUUGCAGGACCUACUUUAAAUUCCAGGAAAUGUCAACAUGUAGUCGUCUGUGAUUCUGACAGUUUUUAUCUUUACUUUGGUGGCCUGAAGGAAGACGGUAACAGAUUUUAUCAUGGAGGGAACUUCCAAAAGUGACACUGCCAGUCAGCCGUCUGUCGCUGCUCAGGUUCCUUUUAUUCACUUGUGCACCACUUUAGAGAAAAUCCAGAAGGCUAAACUCCGUCCAGAUAAAUCCAAGAUCCUUCGAGAUUUUAUUGAGUCAUGGCGGAAUUUUCAUUCAGCCCUCCACAAAAGAAACCCCAAAACUACAGACUCCUUCUAUCCUUCCAUGCGUCUCAUAGUUCCCUCUUUCGAACGAGAGCGAAUGGCGUAUGGCAUCAAAGAGAGCAUGCUGGCUAAACUCUACAUCGACGUAUUAGGUCUCCCAAAGAAUGGCCCAGAGGCCAAUAAACUACUGAACUACCGAGCUCCGACCACAUCCCAGGGAGAAGCUGGAGACUUUGCUGGCAUGGCGUACUUUGUGCUAAAGAAACGAUGCACCAGCCAAGGAAACCUAAGCAUCAAGGAGGUCAACGACUUCCUGGACUCAGUGGCUAUGAACAACGCUGGCAAGAAGAAGGAUCUUGUGAAGAAGAGUCUGCUGCACCUCAUCACCCAGAGUACAGCUCUAGAGCAGAAGUGGCUCAUUAGAAUGAUCCUGAAGGACAUGAAGCUCGGGAUCAGUAAGGAAACUGUGCUCCAAGUCUUCCACCCCGACGCUGCUGAGCUCUACAACGUCAACACCGACCUGAACAAGGUGUGCCAGCAGCUCCACAACCCCUCCGUGUCCUUAAGUGAAGUUUCUAUCGGACUUUUCUCUGCUUUCAAGCCGAUGUUGGCAGCUGUAGCUAACAUCCGCAAUGUGGAAAAGCAGAUGGGCAACAGUCCUUUUUUCAUUCAGACCAAACUGGAUGGGGAGAGAAUUCAGCUGCACAAGGACGGAGAUGUGUACAAGUACUUCAGCCGAAAUGCUUAUGAGUACACGCAGCAGUUUGGAGGAUCUCCACUGGAGGGAUCGCUGACACCUUAUAUUCACAACGUCUUUAAAAGCCAUGUCGUCAACUGUAUCCUGGACGGUGAGAUGAUGGCGUACAACCCGGCAGCGGAGACCUUCAUGCAGAAAGGGAGCAAAUUCGACAUCAAGAGGCUGAUGGACGACUCUGAGUUACAGACAUGCUUCUGUGUGUUCGACGUGCUGUUGAUCAAUGACCGGAAACUUGGAAAGGAAACGCUGAAGAAACGCUACGAGACCCUUCAGACAGUUUUCACCCCAGUCAAAGGACGGAUCCAUCUGGUACCAAAGACCGAAGCCAGAACCAUGCAGGAGGUGGUGAACGCUCUUAAUGACGCUAUUGACAGCAGAGACGAGGGCAUCAUGGUGAAGGAUCCUUCAUCCAUCUACAAGCCUGACAAACGAGGGGAAGGAUGGCUGAAAAUAAAGCCAGAAUAUGUGGACGGCUUGAUGGAUGAGCUUGACCUGCUGAUUGUUGGUGGCUACUGGGGCAAAGGGAGACGUGGAGGCAUGAUGUCCCAUUUCUUAUGUGCUGUUGCCGAAGCUCCGAAGCCUGGCGAGAAACCUUCAGUUUUCCACACCCUCUGUCGCAUUGGCUCCGGCUACACCAUGAAAGAACUCUACGACCUUGGUUUGAAGCUCGCCAAGCACUGGAAGGUGUACCGGAAAAACGACCCUCCAGCAUCCAUCCUGUGUGGAACAGAGAAACCAGAAGUCUACAUUGAACCCUGCAACUCCGUCAUCAUCCAGGUUAAAGCUGCAGAGAUAGUCGGAAGUGACAUGUACAAAACCAACUGCACCCUGCGCUUCCCCAGGAUCGAGAAGAUCCGAGACGACAAGGAGUGGCACCAGUGCAUGACUCUGGCUGAGCUGGAUCAGUUCCGCAGCAAGGCGUCGGGGAAACUCGCCUCGCGGCACCUUCGCAUUGACAACGACGAACCACAGAAGAAGAAGCGCAAGAUGCCGGCCAAAUCCAAGAAGGUUCCCGGGAUCAUCGACCACUUCAAACCUCAGGACCUCUCCGGGGUCAACAAGGAGACGGAUAUGUUUGAGGAUGUGGAGUUUUGCAUCCUGAACGGCACCGAGGAUCACCCUAAAUCUGAGCUGGAAAAGGGCGUGGCCAGGUGCGGAGGUAUCGUGGUUCAGAACCCGGGCCGGGACACCUACUGCGUGAUCGCUGGUGUGGAGAACAUGCGCGUGAAGAACCUGAUUUCAUCCAACCAGCAUGACAUAGUUUGGGCCGCCUGGCUGCUGGAGUGUCUGGAACAGAAGGAGGUGGUUCCAUGGCAACCACGACACAUGAUCCACAUGUCGCCCUCCACCAGGGAGCACUUCGCCAAAGAGUACGAUGGCUUCGGCGACAGCUUCUUCGUGGACACGGACGAGCAGCAGCUGCGGGAGGUGUUCAGCCGGAUCAGCAGCGCGGACGCUUCGGUGAACGUCGGACAGGUGGAGGAACGUUACAGCUGGAGCGAUCUCCCCACCAGCAUGUUCAGACCCUUCACCGCUUACAUGGACAGCUACGCCGACAUAGGAGACCCAAAAAGUGCCAUAGCUGCCUCCUGUCUGGACAUCAGGGCGCUGGAGUUUCGCUACCACGGAGGGACGGUGGUGAAGAAGCUGGAGGAAGGAGUUUCACAUGUCGUCAUCACCGAGGAAACCAGACUUCUGGAUUUACGGACUCUGAGGCGCUGCUUCAAGAAGAAGUUUAAGAUAGUUAGAGACACGUGGGUGACGGAAUCCAUCGAAGCCGGUUAUCUGAUGAAUGACAGCGACUACUUGGUUUGAAGAGUCUCCUGAUUUUAAGUCAACACUGGAGAAAAAAAAAUCUCUUUUAGCAUUUUAAUUAAGUCCCAAUGAGAUUAGCAAGAAAGUAAUAAAAGUUGUAGCAUAAAAUGACAGAGAAUUUUACCUCUCAGGGUCUUCACACAAUCAUCACUGUAUGAGUUUUAUCUUUGGUGUUCUUAAUAAGUGCUUGUUUUUCAUGGUCUGCUGUAAAAAUCAGAAAAGUAAUCAUUGGUUUUUCAAUUUUGAAAGUAUUCUGAUAGUUUUUUCUCUCAAUUUUCCCCCUUCAAGUUUUUAUCUGAGUAGUUAUUGAAACAUUUUUUGGAAUAAAAAGAACAUUUUGUACAUAAGGGAAAAUGGAAGGUUUAAUUCAAGCAACUCUGUGUAUGAUUUCAGUGAAUAAUCCGCCUUAGUGGGCAGCAAUGCUUCACCAUAAUGAUCCCUCCAUUGUAAAGGCUGCUCUGGUUAUUUGGCGUUGCACUGCAUGAAGGUUGGAGGACUUGUUAGAAACAGAUUUAGAAAAUAAAGCUAACAAUGAAAGCUACACAAAUAUCUUGACCUAUCAGACAGUAUCUCAUAAUACAUCUGUGUCUUUCAUAAUACAAAAAUUUCUUUCAUUAGACGCUUCUGGCCCCAAAUACCCUUUUUUUUUUUUUUUUUUUACUACUCUAGUUAGUUUGGGAUUAAAUUAACCCAGAUUUUUUUAACUCAAAUUAACCCAGAUUAUUUAAAGCUCACAAUGUCCCUUAUCUUUAAACUCAAACUAAAUCAGAGUUCUUAAGCUUAAAUGAACCCUGAUUUUUCUUUUUUUUCCUUUCACAUGAUUUAUGACAGCUGAAGUUAACCCUGAUCUUUUAGUUUAAGUUUCCCAGAUUUUUGUUUAAAGCUCAAGAUGCCCCUUAUUUUUAAGCUGAAACUCAACCAAACUUUUUAAGCUCAAAAUAACCCUGAUUUGUUUAAGCUUCAAUCAGUGAUGUUUUAUUACAGCUUAAGUUACCAGGAUUUUUUAAAAGCUCCCAGUGCCCUUUGUUUUUAAGCUUAAGUUAACUCUUAUUGUUAAGCUUGAACCAAAUUUAAUUUUCAAGCUUAAAUGAAGCCUGGUUUGUUUACGCAUAAACUAGCCCUGAUCUAUAGGACUAAGUUACCUUUUUUUUUGAAAGCUUAAAUUAACUCUGAUUUUGAGCUUGAGUUAACUCUGAUUUAAAGCUGAGGUUGAACUUUAGAUAACUCAGGUUUUUAAGCUCAAGUUAAUCACGUUUUUUUUUUUUUUUUUUGAAACUGAAACGAACUUUCCUCUUUUCUAAAAAAGUUAACUUUUAAAUUAACUGAUUUUGAGCUUAGGUUAACUCUGAUUUUUAGUUUAAGUUAACUGUGAUUUUGAGCUUCAUGAAACUCUGAUUUUGAGCUUAAAUUAUCUCUGAUUUUGAGCUUAGAUUAACUCUGAUUUUGAGGUAAAGUUAACUCUGAUUUUGAACUUCAGAUAACUGACUUUUAAGCUCAAGUUAAUCAUGAUUUUUUAAAGCUUAAGCUGAUUCUGAUUAUUGAACUUCAGUUAUCCCUCUUUUUUUUUUUCAAAAUUUGGAGCACUCCCUUCAAAGUCGUAAAAGACAUCACAUGAUUGUUGUUUGUUAUGAGUGAAAUAAACUUAAAACCCUUUUAAUAUGAAAAAGAACCAAGAAAAUGUGUCGUAAACAGUUUUGGUGCCUUUGUGCUUUCAUGUCAUUACAUAUUAAGUACAACUCUAAUAAAGGUCUUGAAGUGGU